UGCAUUCUUGAUUGCUUGUCUCGGUAUCCUCACGUUGCUGGCAAAUUUAAUGGUGAUCGCGGUUUACGGGUACAAAAAAAACAUGAACAAUAGCCAGACUGUAUACAGAGUAACAUUAGCUAUUGGAGACACUUUCGUCGGGGCUGUAGUGUUUCCGACAUAUAUUUACUCACUUUACUUACUGUUUUUGGCGAGGUCAUACAUGGGGGAUUACGUGAAACCAAUGAAAAAUGAGAGCGUCAACGGAAUACCUCUACAACCCCAACGCCACCCAAUUGGACAGUAUGGUAAUACGUAUUCUCGGUCGUACCUAGACGCGGUUGGAUUUUUCACUUCCUUGUCUAUUGUGAUAUCAGUAUAUACUCUAAUGCUGGCAAGUUUUGAUCGCAUGGCUGCCGUGAGUCGUCCCAUGUCAUAUAAUCGUAGAAAGGCCCGGAAUAUUGCGAAGCGUGCAUGUGCUAUUCUUUGCCUGGCCGCGUUAGUUUUCGCUGUAUUGCCGAUUUUUGCAUCCACGAUGAGGUAUGCACUCGUGGCUUCGAUUUUUGUAUCUUACUCAGGAAAGGCUGUAAUUUUUUUGUACGCUAUCACUAUGAUCAUACCAUUGGUACUGGUGUGGAUCACGACUGUCAUAUUGCUGGUUCAUUCUAGAAGACACACUCGAGUACGACGUAAGAUCUGUUCUGCCAUCACUGACAAACAAAUUACAAAUACAGAAAGAAGGAUGGUGAAAACAUUGAGCAUCAUGGUUGGCGCGUUUACUGCUUCCUUGCUUCCAUCGAUUAUUGUUUUGUUGAUUUCUAUGUUUGUGAAUAGCAUUUACUACCGUCUCCCUGAAUAUUUAAACAAGACAUCAGCUACAAUCUACAUAACGUCUGAAUUUGUGAGUGUCGUUAUACUGAGUACCAACAGCCUAUGGAAUUUUUUCAUUUAUAACUCUAGAGACAAAGACUUUCGUAAAUCAGCUAAACAGUUACUGAACGGAUGUCGCCCUAAUUUGGGAUUCACGAGAAUUUUGCAGACACUGAGGCGCAGGUAUGCGAAAAGAAGACCAUCUGCCGCUUCCAUAAUAACUGGAGUGGUAUCUAACAAGACAAAGAGUAGCACAUGCAGCGAACUUGAAGAUCAGGCUAGUAAAAAAACGGCUACAAAUCCAACCGAACCCUUGCCCGAAGUAAAAAACUCCCACGCUAAAAUUGAUAACAAUAACAAGGAAUCUAACUUCGAUCCUAACGAGGAUUCAACAUGGCGUUCGUUUGUAGUGGAUGAGGGGAAUGGCUUCUAUUGCUCGGUGAUGGAGAAAAUUGCAGAAAAUAUUGAAGAACAUGGUAGAAUUGGUAAAGCAAAGAUAUGAGACAACUAUGUCUCAUCUCCAAACGGGGUAAUAUCAAUAAAUUCUUAUGAAGAAUUUGUAAAUAAAAUGAAUGAACUUUAUCUGGCUACAGCUGUGCAAGGCGGUUUUGUGUGAUCUGCAACAACAGAUUUCCAAUCAAAUAUCAAACAAUUGCAAAACAGUUGAAUUCGCCAAUAUUGAGUCAAUAUGUGAAAAAGCUCAAAUUCAACAAAAUAUAAUGAAAUCAAAGCAAUUGGUCAACUUCGAAUAAAAAUGCUUUGUAUCAAUAUUGUCACUGUAUAUUUUAUAUAUGUACUGUUUAUAAACAAAGGAAGUUUACGAUAUUUACAAAUGUUGGCAAC